UAUUUAUACUAUCAUCAUAGAAUUAUAGGACACUUAAGUUACAGCUCAGAACCACAAGGCAUUCAGAACUAGAUUUCAAAAUGAACAGUACACUUGAACAAGAGAUGGCGACCAACCAUGUAUACAUGUUCUUGGUGAUUUAUACAUUCAUCAUCAUAUUUAUCAUCACUGGCAAAAGCCUCGUUCUGUGGAUGGUUUACAAGGUUCUUUCCCUCCAUACAGUUACCAAUAUGUUUACCGCACAUCUUUCAAUGAUCGACCUAAUUACAGGUGUCCUUGCACUGCCGUUAUCUAUGAUCACAAACUUGAUCUUGCCUCAUAUGAAUGAUAUACAUGUACAAUCCAAGUACUUAUGCUUAGUACAAAAAUUUCUCAUCCUUUCGUGCAAUGGGAUAUCAGUGUUAGGAUUGCUAGGGAUUGCGAUAGAGCGUUACAUAGCAAUCAUACACCCAUUACGUUACUCCACCAUGAUGGCUGCUAAGAAUGCAAAGAUCAUUCUCGUAACCUUCUGGACUUACGCAAUUUCACUUAACCUUCUCCUGUUCAUAGAUGGGUUUAAUGAUUAUGAACCUGGGCAGCGUUGUACAAUGAAAAGCACCCUCAACCCGAUUUACUCAACAUUUUACAAAUUGAACAUCCUUGCUGUAGUUAUACUGACAAUAAUUAUGUAUUCAAGAAUCUCUUGGGUGUCAAUAAAACACAGAAGGGCGAUCAUUAGUCAAUUGGCCAGCAUUGACAAUGCAAGAGCUGUGGCUUAUGCAAAGGAGCAUUCAGCCCUGAGAACAACAACACUUGUAUAUAUUAUCUUCGUAAUAAUGUAUGGGCAAGCCAUGAUCAUGUUAACACUCAAUGUUAAUGGUGUUAUAAUGUCUAUCUCGGAAGCUAUUUUGCAACUUAAUAGUGGAGUGAAUCCCUGGAUCUAUGUUUUGUACCAUAGGAGGUACAGAAGAGCGAUGCGAAUUGCCCUUAAUAUGAAACCAAAGGUAACAGAUAGUCCCGACACGGGAGUAACAAGUCAUCCUGAAAAUGCAAUGUAGUUGCAUGUGUAACAACUGAAAUGCCAGCCACAAAAAUUGCUUUAUCAAGAAAAUACUGUUGCUCAUAAUCAGUCCAGGCUGAAUGAAUUGCUCACCAAAUCUCCGAAUACAUGCAAAAUCCUUUGGUGUGUUAUACACAACACAGUCAAAAGUUUAAAUAUAUAAAUCAGCUAUCACUCAGGGUUGUUUCUAAACAGGGAGCCAAAUCAUAAUUUUUACCUUUAUUAGUCUUAAUGUCAAAUUUUCAUCAUUUUAACAUGGUGAAAACAGAUUCAGUAAAUAGUUGUUCUUAGGCUUAAUAAACCACUGAAAUAGAUAUGUAGAAAUGAUCUGAUGAUAACCCUGAUUGACCGAAGAUCUGUAUUAAUUUGUUCUAAGUCUUAAGAAAACACUGAAAUAAAU